AUGGCGGCACCACAAGCGUCGCAUCGAGUCAAGCCCUUCCGCCACGACGCCGCCAUCGCCAUCCUCGUACUGCUCGUCGUCGCCGUCGGCCAAUGCGACGCGUUGGUUCAAGCGCCGCGUCAAGGCAACCUCAAGCACUACAGCGUGCGUCUCCACUCCUCCCUUCCGCUCGCCGCUUAUAGCCGGGGUUUCUCGAUCUACCCGGGGUGGACGGAUGACGACCAGGCCGGUAGCGGCCCCGUGCCGGCCUCCCUGAUGGCCACGCCGACCACGCUGGCGGCGGAGGCGCGGACCAUGAUCGGGCGCGGAAUCCCCCGGCGCGCGCGGCUGACGAUGGAGAACCCGCAGAUCCGCACACACGCGAAUCUGCUGGAGUAUCAGCAGAACCAGAUCGCCGCGUCUGUGGGGCUUUCCGCAGAGGAAAUCACGUACAGCUUCAAGUACGCGCUGCACGGGUUCGCGGCGCUGCUGACGCCCCUCCAGGCAUGGAAGCUGCGGCGGCACUCGGCCGUGGCGUCGGUGCGGGAAAGCUACGAAGUGCGGCACCUCACGACCGACUCGCCCACGUUCCUGAACAUGGGCGGCGAUGGGUCGCUGUGGACCAACAACGGCGGGCAGAGCAGCGCGGGUGACGGCAUGGUCGUCGCGAUCGUCGACACGGGCAUCUGGCCAGAGCACCCGUCGUUCAGCGACUCGGGUUUCAGUUCCACAAUGCCAGCGGGAUGGACGGGCAAGUGCGACACGACAGCGGACUUCAAGUGCAACAACAAGAUCAUCGGCGCGCGUGCCAUCUACGCCGGCGCCAAGAAAGACAAAGGCAGCGACCCCGACCUCACUGCUGAUUGGCUCUCGCCUCGCGACGCGGGAAGCCACGGCACCUGGUGUGCCGGGUGCGUGCUCUUGACUCUUCACUCCCGCCGCCUGCUGCGCUGCGCUGCUUGCUCCCCGCCACGCUCGUGGUUCUCCCAUGCCUCCCUUCAUCCUGCCUCGCACUCCUCGAUUCAAGCUCAUGUUUAUCCCGCCCCAUCCCACUGCUCGCGCCUUGUGCUGUGUCUCAGAGCUGCGGCCGGCAACAAGGAUGUGGCUAUGGCGUGCGGCAAGGCGAGCGGCAUGGCGCCUGCUGCCAGGCUGGCGAUCUACAAGGUGUCCUGGACGUAUAACGGCUCCAACACUGCCAACUCUGAUGACAUCUUGGCAGCCAUUCCUCUGCUCAAUGCGAACCUCGCGGGGGUGUUUGUGACGUAUGCUGCGGGCAACUCUGGUCCUCCCAACGGCACAACCUUCGACUCGUACAGAACCCUUGCCAACUUCUCACCUUUCUACCUAACUGUCGGAGCAAGCUCCAUCGAGCGUAACGGUGCUGUCCUUCCCAAGGCUAUCAACGAAUCAUCAGCUGCCAUGCUGUCUGCAUACCCUCUGGGCGAUGCUGCCCCCCGGAUCGGAAGCUUCUCCUCCACAGGCCCCGUCUGCCCCCCCUGGAUGAAUGCCGUCAACGCACAACCCACCAACAGCAUCUUAAAGCCCGAUAUAGUCGGCCCUGGGGUCAUGUCUGCCAUCAUGACCACUGCAGUCACGACCAACACCGAUGAUAAGAACAUCAAGAAUUCCAACGGCGACUCUGCAACGCCGUGGGAGAUGGGUCAGGGGCAUGUGUACCCGCCCAAGGUGCUCGACCCUGGGCUCACUUACGACGCGCGCGCAGCCUAUUACAUGAACUUCCUCGCGGGGCAGAGCCUUUCAAGGACAGAGACAGAGUUCCCAGAUGCAAAGCUUGUGCGCAUGCCUCCUCGGAACCUGAACCGUGCUAGCAUCGCUGUGGCGCGGCUCAAAGGGAAUCUGACCGUGACCCGGCGGGUGACUAAUGUUGCAGACAAGAAGUCCACGUACAAGGUCAAGAUCAAGUCUCCCAAAGGGGUGUCUGUUAAGGUUUCUCCCAAGAAGUUCACCAUUGGUGCGGGUAAGAAGGUGUGGUACACAGUGACUCUCAAGGUUAUGAAAACGUCAGAGGAGUUCAAGUAUGGGAGCCUCUCAUGGAAGGAUGGGGAUGGGCACUCGGUGCGGACUGUGCUUGCUGUCCAGCCAGUUGCAAUGUGA